AAUAUUUUCUUUUGAGAGUUAUUGACUCUGCACUUCUUUUGUUCGUUUAUUUAUUUUUUUAGUGGAAUCGCUGUGUUGUUGAAUGGUGAAGGUGGGUUAUCCUGAUCGGAGCAGGGUUUAUAGAUUUAUUCACAUAUAAAGCUGAGUGCUAAAGCAAUAGCGUGCUACACAGAUGCAGACCGUAAAGUGUGUGAUCGUCGGGGACACGGCUGCGGAAAAAACAAAACUUCUGAUCAAAUACACCGCCACUGCUUUUCCCAGUGAGUACGUCCCCACUGUGUUUGAUAAUUAUGCAGUCACUGUGAUGGUCGAUGGGAAUCCAAUGACCCUGGGACUGUUUGAUACAGCAUCACAGGAGGAUUACGACAGGCUUCGACCACUUUCCUACCCUCAGACGGAUGUGUUCUUGAUCUGUUUCUCUCUUCUGGACCUGGACUCGUUUGAGAGUGUCCAUGAAAAGUGGUAUCCAGAAGUCAGAAAUCUUUGCCUCAACGCUCUGAUCAUUCUAGUCAGGACUAAACUUGCUCUGAGAGAUGAAAAGGAAACCAUUGAAAAGCUGAAAAAGAAGAAACAAAUCCCCAUCACCUGCCAUGAAGGCCUGGCUAUGGCUGAAGAAAUAGGAGCCGUGAAGUACCUGGAGUGCUUGAAGAGGCCAUCCGGGCGGCCCUGAACCCGUCCCUGGUGAAGAAAAGAGAGAGAAAGUGUUUACUUAUCUGAACUGCAACAUCUGCAGUCUGAGCACACCUGAGAGGAGAAAACAAUGGAGGGAAGAAUAAUAGGAAACUGUGGGGAGAUUUUUUUUUUUUUUUUUUUUUUUUGUGAAUAUGGAUCAGUUUACUGGUCUAACCAGACAUAUAUUAGUUUACAUCAGCAAAUUUUGGUUUGUUAAAAAAUAUUUUGGCUUCAUUAACUAUAUAUUAGUUUGUUCAAUUAUUUAUUGUUUGGUCAAGUAUACCCAAGAGAAAAAAUAGUAUACUUAAGCAAAAUUUAUGCAUUUUAGUAUAACUAAAUGUAUUUGUGGCACACUAUAAAUUGGUAUACUUAAAUUAUGUUAAAUUGAAACAACUCAUUUUGUACUAAAUGCAUUUUAGUUGUCCAAAAGCAGUGCUGAAGUUCAACUAAAGUUGUAUUUAAUAUACUUCUUUGUGCUAAAGUGGAACUAUUCCAGUUAUACUUAAGUACACUUUAAACAUCUACUCUUGUGUUUAAGUUUUGAAAUGCAGAAAUCCCAUUGUCUCUACAUGCUUCAACUCUCAAUGCCCCACAACUGCUCCUGAUGUAAAACACAA